UAAUAUAAGCGUUUUGCAACACCAUACGUUGCUGAUAUUCGACAGCUGUUUGCGGUUUUUCAGUUUAGUAUUUUACUGAUAAAUUUAUUGCUGACGCUUAUUUAAAAAAGAAUAUUAAACAAAUAAUAUGCCAAAAGUGCGCCGCAGCCGUAAACCCCCGCCAGAUGGAUGGGAGCUCAUCGAACCGACGCUGGAAGAGCUGGAACAGAAAAUGCGCGAAGCGGAGACCGAGCCACAUGAGGGAAAGCGCAUCACAGAGUCUCUGUGGCCCAUCUUUAAGAUACACCAUCAGAAGACGCGGUACAUCUACGACUUGUUCUAUCGCCGCAAGGCCAUCAGCCGUGAGCUUUACGACUAUUGCCUGAAGGAGAAGAUAGCAGACUGCAACCUGAUAGCCAAAUGGAAGAAGUCCGGCUACGAGAAUCUAUGCUGCUUGCGUUGCAUCCAAACACGCGACACCAACUUUGGCACCAACUGCAUUUGUCGCGUGCCCAAGUCAAAGCUCGAGGAGGGCCGCAUCGUUGAGUGCGUCCAUUGUGGCUGUCGUGGCUGCUCCGGCUAAGCUACUAGCUAGAAUUUUUUUUUAAUAUGAGUAAUAUGUAGCUUAAA